CACCCGUUGCCCACUAGUUGACUAUUUCAUUCACGGGAUAUGUGCAAUAUUUUAUUUCUCUCCGGUGUGUCGGUUGACUGGGGCUUCAUGCUCGUGUUUGCACGGGGCUGGGGCAGUGGCUCGAGCGCCACCACCGCUUGAUGGCUCGUGUUAUUAGUAAAGAGAAGGGUCCGGGCAGGUCCGUGGGACGGUGCGCGCUGGCUGGCAUUCCCGUGCCCCAAUCAGGAGUAACCUCGUCGGGUGUCUGCGGACACUAUUGGCUGGUGGGAAAAGAUGCUGUGCGCAAAACCAACCCCGCUCCCCUUCACUCGCUUUACAGGAGUGGAGCAGAGAGGAUCAUCCGCUUUCCUUGCUGCUCAGCCGCACUGAUUAUAGAGCGAGAGAGAAAAAGCGAGAGAGAAAGUACAAUUUGUCGUGUAUUUACAUGUUGGCAAACCGUGUUCAAGUUUAGGAUUUUAGGCGAAUGGUGCUUUCUGGAGUUAUGCAUUCGUGAAGGACUGUUUUUACAUUUUUAUGGCACUUAGUUGGGACUUGAUACGUGUGAGGAUUCCAUCUGUGGGUGAGGAUUGUAUUAUGGUCUACACGUCUUGCCUCCCUCUGCCUGCUGAGAUGUUGGCGUUUCGGCCAAAAUUCACAAACCUGGACUGAAUAUAUAAUUUGUUUUUGCUGAAAGAAGAGAGGAUCAAAUGGCCGUGAUUCUCACGACUCAAAUACAGGAAUGCUUUCCGGUUGACACGACGACGCAAAGAGGGAAAGAAGGAAUAGCUGAUUUGGGUUUGGGUAGCAGCCGUAGUUUUAUUUUCAUUAUUGCAGCUUUUGAUUCUGCCUUAUUCCUGCGAACCGAAGCUGGGAUGGGAAAUGCUUAGUUCGAGUAAGAAAUCGGAGUAAUACCCACGAUAUAUAUCCAAGUGCACUUGAGAGAGGAAGAGUGAGAGGAGUGGAAAUGAUUUUGUUAUUCCCGCUCCUUCUCUCGGUCUUGCUGGAUGGAGCCGUGUGCCAGCUGCGCUUCUCUCUUCCGGAGGAGCAGGAACACGGGACCGUCAUUGGGAAUAUCGCGGAAGAUUUGGGGUUGGACAUCACCAAACUUUCCGCCCGCCGCUUCCAGACUGUGCCCAGCUCGCGGAACCCUUACUUGGAUGUGAACCUGGAGAACGGGAAUCUUUAUGUUAAGGAGAAAAUAGACCGGGAGGAGAUAUGCAGGCAGACAGUACCGUGCAACCUGCACCUCGAGGUGUUUCUGGAGAACCCGCUCGAGCUUUUCCGCGUGGAGAUCGAGGUGAUGGAUAUCAACGACAAUCCCCCCACUUUCCCUGAGACAGACAUCACUGUGGAGAUAACGGAAAGUGCCACCCCAGGUACCCGGUUCCCGGUGGAGAAUGCUUUCGACCCAGACGUCGGGACCAACGCGCUCAGCACCUACGCCAUAACGAACAAUAACUAUUUUUACCUGGAUGUUCAGACACAGAGCGACGGGAACAAGUUUGCGGAGUUAGUGCUGGAAAAACCGCUAGACCGGGAGCAGCAGGCGGUGCAUCGGUACGUGCUCACGGCAGUAGACGGAGGCGUGCCACAACGGACGGGCACCGCGCUCCUGGUCGUUAAAGUCCUGGAUUCCAACGAUAACGCACCCGUCUUCGACCAGUCGGUGUACACUGUGAGCCUACGGGAGAAUUCACCAGUGGGCACUCUGGUUAUUCAGCUGAACGCCACUGAUAUAGAUGAAGGGCAGAACGGAGAGAUAGUGUAUUCAUUCAGUAACCACAACCCGGCGCGGGUAAAGGAUCUUUUUAAAAUCGAUGCCAGGACGGGGAGAAUAGAGGUGUCUGGGGAAGUGGACUAUGAGGAGAGUAGUACACACCAAAUAUAUGUCCAGGCUAAAGACCUGGGAGCAAACGCCGUGCCCGCGCACUGCAAAGUCAUGGUCAAACUGGUCGACGUUAACGACAACACACCGGAGAUCAGUUUCAGCACGGUGACCGAGUCUGUGAGCGAGCAGGACGCCCCAGGCACAGUCAUAGCUCUCUUCAGCGUCACCGACCGGGACUCGGGCGACAACGGGCUGGUAAGCUGCGAGAUUUUGGGUGACGUUCCUUUCAAACUCAAAUCUUCAUUUAAAAACUACUACACCAUAGUAACGGAUGGAAUAUUAGACAGAGAAAACGCAGACUCGUACACAAUCACCGUUGUAGCCAAAGACCAGGGGCUCCCCUCCCUCGCCACGAGCAAAUCCAUCAAGGUACAUGUUUCCGACGAGAACGAUAAUGCACCCCGCUUCACGCAGCCAGUUUACGAUGUGUAUGUGACGGAGAAUAAUGUACCAGGUGCUUUUAUUCACGCGGUGAGCGCCGUGGACCCUGACGUUGGUCCGAACGCCCUCAUUACCUACUCCAUAUUGGAGUGUGACAUCCAGGGCAUGUCCGUCGACACCUAUGUGUCAAUCAACCAGGACACUGGUUACCUUUAUGCACUGCGUUCAUUCGACUAUGAACAGUUGAAAGAGUUUAGCUUUAUGGUGCAGGCCAAAGACUCCGGGAGCCCAGAGCUCUCCUCCAACAGCACCGUUAAUGUCAUUAUUGUGGACCAGAAUGACAACGCGCCGUCGGUGAUAGCCCCUAUCGGUAAGAACGGCACCGCCAAAGAACACCUGCCGCGCACCGCCGAGCCGGGCUACCUGGUCACGCGUAUUGUCGCCAUGGACGCAGAUGAUGGCGAGAACGCACGGCUCUCCUACAGCAUUCUGCGUGGCAACGAGAUGGGCAUGUUCCGCAUGGACUGGCGGACGGGGGAGCUGCGCACAGCACGCCGCGUCUUCACCAAGCGCGACCCACAGGGCUCCUACGACCUGCUGAUUGAGGUGAGGGACCACGGCCAACCGCCACUCUCCUCCUCGGCUAGCGUGAGUGUGAUCCUGGUGGAUAGUGUGAUAGAUGGACGGAGUGGAGACCGAGGAGGAUCUUCCUCCAAGUCCAAAGAGACCUCUCUGGAUCUCACCCUCAUCCUCAUCAUCGCCUUGGGUGCCGUCUCCUUCAUCUUCCUCCUGGCUAUGAUCGUGCUGGCUGUUCGCUGCCAGAAAGACAAGAAGCUGGACCUGUACACGUGCCUCAUGGCGGGGGAGUGUUGCCUGUGCUGCAGCCCGUGUUGCUCGCGCCAGGCGCACGGCAGGAAACAGAAGAAGCUCAGCAAGUCGGACAUCAUGCUGGUCCAGAGUACCAACGUCACCACCGGUGUGGGCGCUGUGGGCCAGGUGCCUGUGGAGGAGUCUGGUGUCAGCGGCGUCGGGAUGGGAGGUGGGUUUGGUUCCCAUCAUCAGAACCAGAACUCCUACUGCUACCAGGUGUGUCUGACACCGGAGAGCGCUAAAACGGACCUGAUGUUCCUGAAACCAUGCAGCCCCUCGCGCAGCACCGACACGGACCACACCAACCCCUGUGGGGCCAUAGUGGCCGGGUACAGCGACCAGCAACCGGACAUCUUAUCCAACGGGAGCAUCCUCUCCAAUGAGAACAAACACCAGCGAACAGAGCUUAGUUACCUUGUGGACAGACCAAGGAGAGUGAACAGUUCUGCGUUCCAAGAAGCGGACAUCGUGAGUUCUAAAGACAGCGGUCAUGGGGACAGCGAGCAGGGAGACAGUGAUCACGAUGCCACCAACCGGGGUCAUGCCGGUACAGAUCUCUUCUCUAACUGUACAGAGGAGUGUAAGGCCCUGGGUCACUCCGACCGCUGCUGGAUGCCAGCCUUCGUCGCUGGCGACGGUCGCCAGGGCACCGGUGGCGAUUACCGUAGCAACCUGCACGUGCCAGGCAUGGACUCCGUGCCGAACACUGAGGUACCCGCCACCGCCGCGUCCGGUCACCACGACAACAACCUUACGCUGACUUCUGACCUCACGACCUCUGAUAGGUCAUUCUCUACGUUCGGAAAAGAUGGCGGCGGAUGCACCACACUGCCACGGUCAAUGCACCACCUCCACCACCACCACCACCUCCACCAGUCACAUCAGCUGCAUGUCCAACACAACAGCCCAGCUAGAGCUACAGCCACUACUACUACAGACACCACGCUAGAGAGGAAAGACUAUGAGUCCUUAAGGGGUACACUACCGCUACCGUACAAACCCACCUUCUGUGAGUAUGAGUACCAGACUACGUCACUAGAGCCCUACGACUUUGGCCUGGUCCACUAUCCAUAUUAGCUACUUUUUGAAAGAAAUUCUGAUCUGAUAAUAUUUUAAAAUAUACUCUUUGAAAGAAAUUCUGAUCGGAUAAUAUUUUUUAAAUAUACUUUUUAAA